AGCGUUGCGCCAUUUUGAAAGUGUUAUGUUGGGAGAGGCAGGGACGAGGGAAUUCUCAAAAGUAUAGUGCAAAGUCUAAACACCUGUUCUUUAUUCCAGCAUUACUACCGUUUUUCUGAGAAAAAAAUAUUUUUUGUCUUUGCAAAAGUUAAGCUAAGGUCGUGUGUGCUUCUUUAAGAAAUAAUAAUGAAAUAAACAUUGGCAGCGCUCGCAGUUUCAUUCCUCCACUCUACACCUCCUCGGUAGUCAGAAAGCAGCAGCAGUGCUCAGUCCAGGGCCUGAGCCCGCUUCACAGACCCCUUCUCUCGCUGGCCCACCACCAUGGCAGGGGUCGGUGAUGAGAGCGACGAGGUGCAAUGGUGUUUUUCCCAAGUCAAAGGAGCAAUAGAUGACGACGUUGCAGAAGCUGAUAUUAUAUCCACUGUUGAGUUCAACCACUCAGGGGAGUUGCUUGCCACUGGAGACAAAGGAGGUCGUGUAGUCAUCUUUCAACAGGAGCCAGAGAGUAAGAAUCAGCCUCAGUGCCGUGGAGAAUACAACGUGUACAGCACCUUUCAGAGCCAUGAACCUGAGUUUGACUACCUGAAGAGCCUUGAGAUUGAGGAGAAGAUCAACAAGAUUCGAUGGUUGCCCCAGAAGAAUGCUGCUCACUUCCUUUUAUCCACAAAUGAUAAAACCAUAAAGCUGUGGAAAAUUAGCGAGCGAGACAAGAGACCGGAAGGUUAUAAUUUGAAAGAAGAUGACGGUCGAUACAGAGAUCCAAAUACAGUCACAACGCUACGGGUACCAAUCUUCAGGCCCAUGGACCUGAUGGUGGAGGCCAGCCCUCGUAGAGUCUUUGCCAAUGCUCACACUUACCACAUCAAUUCCAUCUCAGUCAACAGUGAUUGUGAAACGUACCUAUCCGCAGAUGAUCUUCGCAUCAAUUUGUGGCACUUGGAGAUCACUGAUCGCAGCUUUAAUAUUGUUGACAUCAAGCCAGCUAACAUGGAGGAAUUGACCGAGGUGAUCACAGCGUCAGAGUUCCAUCCUAACCAAUGCAAUACAUUUGUGUACAGUAGCAGUAAAGGAGCCAUCCGCUUGUGCGACAUGAGGGCGUCAGCACUGUGUGACAACCAUGCCAAAUUGUUUGAAGAGCCAGAGGAUCCAAACAAUCGUUCCUUCUUCUCAGAAAUAACGUCAUCCAUCUCUGAUGUGAACUUCAGCCACAGUGGACGUUACAUAAUGACCCGUGACUACCUGUCCAUCAAAAUCUGGGACCUCAAUAUGGAGACUCGUCCAGUGGAGACCUAUCAGGUGCAUGAAUAUCUCAGGAGCAAGCUGUGUUCACUCUAUGAGAACGAUUGCAUCUUUGACAAAUUUGAGUGCUGUUGGAAUGGAAACGACAGCGUGGUCAUGACAGGUUCCUACAACAACUUCUUCAGGCUGUUUGACCGAGGCUACAGGCAGGAUGUGACCCUAGAGGCAUCAAGGGAGAACAGCAAACCCCAGUCUAUUCUUAAACCCCGCAAAGUAAGCUCAGGUGGGAAGCGCAAGAAGGAUGAGAUCAGUGUAGACAGUUUGGACUUUAACAAGAAGAUCCUCCACACUGCCUGGCAUCCCCUGGACAACAUUAUUGCAGUGGCCACCACCAAUAAUCUCUAUAUAUUCCAGGACAAACUUAACUAGUAUUGCUCCAUCACACAGACACAAAAUCUGUCAAAAUAUUCAGGUCUGGCUCAGACCUUGGGUAUGGCUGAUCAUCACAAGUACACUUUUCACGUAUAAUACAAAUUGAACUUACCGGCUGUGUUGAGCUAAUUACUGUACAAACUUUGGGAUUCCGAGGCUUAUUUACUUUUUCCACCAGAAGCACAUGUUCAUCUAGCUGCUGGUUACAACUCUACUACAUCUUAGACCAAAGGGAAGACAUAUGUAAAAAGACAAACAUAUUUUUCAUGUGGGCAUUCGUCCCAAUACUAAUCGUUAAUGCAAUUUGGCUCCUAUAACAUUUGAUUAAUUUCAGCAGGAAAAUGUUUAAUUGUAGACUCCGUUGCACUGGCAUGAAAAAAAUGCUGAUACAAGUGGUCAACACUCCUUAGUUGCACCCACCCAAUUUGACAUUCACUCACAACUUCUUCCUGAUUGAGUACAUUGAUAAAGGGCCAAUCGAGGAUUUCUCCCACUAAGGUUAUAUUGAAAGGUGCUUUAAAAACAAUGCUGCCACUUCCUUUUCUGCUGCAUAACAAUUUAUACCAGGUUAGAUCUUUAUCCUAUGAUUGCCUGUUGUUUACAUUUUUUUCUUCUUAACAGUAGGGAUGACAACUUUCAGUGGUCAUCUAAAUCGCAUACUUUUGGCUGCUUAUGUACAUGCCAAGCAGGGAGGGGGGCGGGGGGGGGCUGUAUUUACCAGGUUAGUUUCCUUUGACAUAAACUACUUAUUUCCUAAGACACACAGCUUUCAGGAAUUUGUUUCAUCAUAUUUUAGGAGCACAUUGUUUUCAUAACAACAUGGUUGACUUUUGAGUGGCAGGUGUUUGGGUUCGGGGAACUGAAUCAUGCCAAAGUCAAAUGUGCUUUAUGCCUGUAAAUUAUAGUCAUUUAGUUAAAGCUCUGCUCAGUCAUUACUAUAAUGAAAAUGUACCACCAAUAACAGCUCAGGCUCAAGGGCCCAAGGUGGCCCAGGUGUUUUGUUGGGUGUUGCUGCCAAAACAAAUGUUAUGUUGCAGACAGGUAACUUUACCCCUUGGAUCAAGUUUCAUUUUUUUAUAUUUUAUACUGUAUCAGAAGAGAAAAAUAGUCUCUAUAGCUGAUUUAUUUUUGUAUAAAUUAAGGCAACAGUUGUAGUCUGAUCACUGACGUUUUAAAUGGAACUGUCUCUGAUGGUUGGUUUGAAUGUAGAUGGAAGGCUUGUGUGCUGUCUCAGGGCAGAUAUUUGUUUGAAAGUUCCGUGAUGUCAAAUAGGAGCAUGCUCUUUCCUUUUUUUUUUUUUAAAGUCGUUUUUAUAUCUGCAAAAGCAUAGGGAGGACAGUACAGCAUCUGGCCUGAAAGGAGUAAGAAGUGUUUUUCAAUUUACUCUUUCCAAGUGAACUUUGCCUUAUUUUCUUGAAAGGGUAUCUGUUCUAUAAGCUUUUUUUUUUCAGAUAUGUUUUAUUUAAGGGGAGAAUUUGUGUAGCACUUGGUUUGCAGAUGUUAAAUCUAAAUGAAGAAAUUACUUUAGAACUUAAAAACCUGCUUCUCCUUUGCGAUGCCUCCAUCACAAGUUGCUGAUCUUGAGAAGAAAAUAGGUUGAGGAUUUCUUACGUUGUUUUUUUUUUUAACAUCUUUUCAAAGCACAGCGAAUUUUACAAUGACUGGAAUGCCAACAAAAAGAGGUGAUGAUGUCACUUCCUCAGGGCUGUGCAUAAUAUCCUUCAAUCAUAGGGCAUUUUCAAAAUGACUUUUGGCGUGUUAUUAGUGGCUUCUCUAAGUAAUCCUGAGAUAUCCCAUUUUGAUUUUCUCAACAAAGGAUUGUCGUUGGGUUUGUUGAUCACCCUUGUUAAAAAAAACUGAAAUAUUUACUGCCGUUUGUUAAUUAGAAUGUCAUUCAUAGCUGAUCCACUGAAUAUUUUGAAAACCACAAAACCCCCAUUGGCCUUUAUUAAAGCAUUAAGAGUCAAGAUAACCUGACAAAAGCAUUUCAUGUGGCGUGCCAAACAUGAGACACUCAGGGGAAUUCACCACUGAUCAAUGAUCAAAAUAUUGUACCUUCAAGAUAGCAGGUUGUCAGUACUAAAUGAAAAAAAAUGCCUUAAUCAAAAGCCUAUGCAUUUCGAUUGUGUAACAGUUAAUUGUUAUGACCCAAUGGAGACUGAUAUAAUGAUACUGUAUCAACAGCAUCAAAUGUAUGGAGUUUUUGACCCUAGCAUCAUACAUAAACUCAUUUUGGGGGAUGUUUAAUGUUUGUUUCUUUCAAGUUCUUAAAUAAAGAUGGAAGAAUUUUG